GUAAAUAUGAAUGAUAGUGAUAGUAAAAUAAAAGAUGGAAUUGAAAUCAUUGUUAUUUCAGAAGAAAAAAAACUAAAGCAAGAAGCUGUAAAUAAAAUAUUUCAAGCAUACAAAUAUGCAAUUUCAGAUGCAGAAUUAGCAAUAAAAAUUGAUCCAACAUAUACAAAGGAGCACUAUAGAAGAGCAGUAGCAAACAUGGAACUUUGUAGAUUAGAAAUGCCCUUUGAGAUUUUUGAAUAG